AUGGCAGAACAAACCUCCCUUUCCUCCACCAGCAGCUCUCCCAACAACCCAAAUAAUUCCAUUCCUCUCAACGAUUCCUCGAAACCAGACUCUGCCACACCCACACCUACGCCCUCCCACCUCACCCAAGCCCCCAUAGCCUACGAAAUGGAAACCUACACCCGCGGCCUGUCCCCGCACUACUCCCGCCCAGCCAUAACAUUCCAGUCGACCGAAUGGGAACCGCAAGCCUGCGCGCGCCUCUCGACCGACGCGCGAGGGUACGUGUACGGCAGCGCAGGGCAGCGCGAGACGUGUGAGAAGAAUCGGGCCGCGUUUCGGAAGUGGAGUGUUGUGCCGAGACGGAUAGGAAGGAAGGGAGGGGAGGAAGGGAAAGGGCGGGGGCUGAUAUUCACCAGGGUCGCCACAGACUCCUUCCCUGAUCUGAGGGUGAAAGUACUAGGCGAAGAACUCGAGAGCCCAAUCGCCGUGGCGCCGGUAGGCGUACAGAGAAUUUUCCACCCGGAAGGGGAGGAAGCGGUCGCGAGGGCUUGUGCGAGCGUAGGCGUGCCGAUGUGUAUGAGUACGGCGGCGAGUGCUAGUAUUGAGGAUGUUGCGGUCGCGAAUGGUGGGGAACGUACUGGUGGUGGUAAGGGGAAUGGUGAGGGGAAGGAGCGGAUCGAGGGUGGAGGGAGAAGGUGGUUCCAGCUCUACUGGCCCGCGAACAAAGAUAAUGAUAUCACGAUCAGUCUACUUACCCGGGCGAAGAAAGCGGGAUUCACGGUCUUGUUCGUGACGCUAGAUACGUAUACUGUGGGCUGGAGGCCGAGCGAUUUGGAUAAUGGGUACAAUCCGUUUAUCAGGGCUGAUAAUAUUGGUGUAGAGCCUGGGUUUUCGGAUCCGGUGUUUAGGGGCAAGUGGAGGGGGAAGUAUGGGGUUGAGGUUGAGGAGAUGAAGGGGGAGGCGGCGAGGGCGUGGACGGGGACUGUGUUUCCGGGCUUUAGUCAUGGGUGGGAGGAUGUGGCGUUCUUGAGGGAACAGUGGGAGGGGCCGAUUGUGUUGAAGGGGAUUAUGAGUGUGGAGGACGCGAGGAAGUGUGUGGAGGUGGGUGUGCAGGGGAUUGUGGUGAGUAAUCAUGGGGGGAGACAGAUGGAUGGGGGGUGA